CUUCAGCUCCUUGGCUGAACAAACCAUACCCUACAAUAAAAACCUUCUCCACACUUUUGUCCAUUCAUUUCUAUUUUUGUCUCCCUUCUAUUUUGUUAUUGUUGCCUCAAUCUGUUGACACUGCCAAAGACAUUUUGAACCAAAAAAAUAAUAAUAAUAAUACAAAUAUUUAUCAAGCAUCUUGACUAUUGUAUCAUACAACCAAGCAUCUCAAAUUACAUAUAGAACUUUUAUUAUCAUAUCUUACUACAUUUAUUUGUCUCUCUUAUUAUGACUUCCAAAAUGAAUGAAACUACUGCUGCUGCUACUACUAUGGGUGCUCGUCUUCCUGCUCCUGCUGCUAAUGCUACUCCUUUAACUAUUUCUCCUCGUUCUCCUUCUGCUCCUCAUCGUCCUGUUACUGCUGUCGAAGAUCCCAAGGAUGUCACUAUGGCUACUUUGGUAUUGAAGGAUGGUACUAGUUUCCAAGGUGUAUCUUUUGGUUCUGAAACUGCUAGUAUUUCUGGUGAAUGUGUUUUCCAAACUGGUAUGGUGGGUUAUCCUGAAUCUUUGACUGAUCCUUCUUAUCGUGGACAAAUCUUGGUAUUGACUUUCCCUUUGGUUGGUAAUUAUGGUGUACCCGAUCGUAAUGAAAUGGAUGAAUUAUUGAAGGAUAUUCCAAAAUACUUUGAAUCAAGUGAAAUUCAUAUUGCUGGUUUGAUUGUUGGCAAUUAUGCUCAAGAUUAUUCUCAUUUCCUUGCUUCUUCUUCUUUGGGUGCUUGGUUGAAGGAAUACAAUGUUCCCGCUUUAUAUGGUAUUGAUACUCGUGCUUUAACAAAAAAGAUUCGUAUGAAUGGUGUAUUACUUGGCAAGAUCCUUUUCCCCAAGUUAUCUGUUUCUUCUACCGUCAUUGAUUCUGCUGCUUCUGCUCUUGGUUUGACUCCUGCUACUGAUUCUACUGAUGGUUCUGAACGUUGGAUGAAGGAAUAUCAAGAUGUUGCCUGGGUUGAUCCUAACGAACGCAAUUUGGUCGCUGAAGUCUCUAUCAAGGAACCAAAACUUUACAAACCUGACCCUAUCAAUGCUAUCAAGACCAAAGCUGGUGAUCGUACUUUACGUAUUAUUGCUGUUGAUGUUGGUAUGAAGUACAAUCAAAUCCGUUGCUUUGUUCAUCGUGGUGUAGAAUUGAAGGUUGUUCCUUGGGAUUAUGAUUUCACUGCCGAACCUCAUGAUUCCUUUGAUGGUUUGUUCUUAUCCAAUGGUCCUGGUGAUCCUACUAUGAUCAAUACUACUUUUACUCGACUCCGUACUUUCUUGAAGGAAGGAAAGAAACCUGUCUUUGGUAUUUGUUUGGGUCAUCAAUUGUUGGCUUUGGCUGCUGGUGCAAAGACAAUGAAAAUGAAGUAUGGUAAUCGUGGUCACAACAUUCCUUGUACCAAUCUCUUAUCUGGUCGUUGUUACAUCACCUCUCAAAAUCAUGGUUAUGCUGUUGACACUGCUUCUCUUCCCUCUGAUUUCCAAGAACUGUUUGUGAAUGCUAAUGAUGGUUCCAACGAAGGUAUUAUCCACAAAUCUCUUCCUAUUUUCUCGGUCCAAUUCCAUCCUGAAUCUACUCCUGGUCCUCGUGAUACUGAAUUCUUAUUCGAUGUCUUUAUCAACACUGUCAAGAAAUGUGUCGAUGAAAACAAAUUGAUGCCUGUCGAAAUGCCUGGUGGUACUACUGAAGAAAAUACCGCCAAGUAUCCUCGUGUCAAUGUCAAGAAGGUACUUGUUCUUGGUUCUGGUGGUUUGUCUAUCGGUCAAGCUGGUGAAUUUGAUUACUCUGGUUCUCAAGCAAUUAAAGCUUUGAAGGAAGAAGGUAUCUACACUAUUUUAAUCAAUCCCAACAUCGCCACUAUUCAAACGUCAAAGGGUUUGGCAGAUAAGGUUUAUUUCCUUCCUGUUACUCCUGAAUAUGUACGCAAGGUCAUCAAAUUUGAAAAACCUGAUGGUAUUUAUGUCACUUUUGGUGGUCAAACUGCUCUCAAUGUUGGUAUUCAACUCAAGGAUGAAUUCGAAUCUCUCGGUGUCAAGGUCCUCGGUACUCAAAUCGAUACUGUGAUUACUACAGAAGAUCGUGAUUUGUUUGCUCAAGCUCUUUAUGAAAUCAACGAAAAAUGUGCUCCUUCUGCCUCUGCUGUGAAUCAUGAAGAAGCUCUUGCUGCUGCCAAACAAAUUGGUUAUCCUGUUAUUUGUCGUGCCGCUUUCGCAUUGGGUGGUCUUGGAUCUGGUUUUGCUGACAAUGAAAAGGAACUUAUCGCUCUUUGCAACAAGGCUUUUGCUACUUCUCCUCAAGUGUUGAUUGAAAAGUCUAUGAAGGGUUGGAAAGAAAUUGAAUAUGAAGUGGUACGUGAUUGUCGUGAUAACUGUAUUACUGUGUGUAACAUGGAAAACUUUGAUCCCCUUGGUAUCCAUACUGGUGAUUCUAUCGUGGUGGCUCCAUCUCAAACUUUGUCUGAUGAAGAUUACAACAUGUUACGUACUACAGCUGUCAAUGUCAUCCGUCACUUGGGUGUUGUUGGUGAAUGUAAUAUUCAAUAUGCUUUGAACCCCUUCUCCAAGGAAUACUGUAUUAUUGAAGUCAAUGCUCGUCUCUCUCGUUCUUCUGCUUUGGCCUCCAAGGCUACUGGUUAUCCUUUGGCAUUUGUAGCUGCUAAGCUCGGUUUAGGUAUUCCUUUGAAUGAAAUCAAGAACAGUGUCACCAAGGUUACUUGUGCUUGUUUCGAACCUUCUUUGGAUUACGUUGUGGUCAAGAUUCCUCGUUGGGAUUUGAAGAAGUUCAACCGUGUCUCUACUUCUUUGGAUUCAUCUAUGAAAUCAGUGGGUGAAGUCAUGGCUAUUGGUCGUACCUUUGAAGAAACCAUCCAAAAGGCUAUUCGUGCAAUUGAUUACAAUUUCUCUGGUUUCAGUGAAAAUGAUGUUGUGGGUACCACCAAUCUUGAUGUUGAAUUAAGCAAUCCUUCUGAUACCCGAUUGUUUGCUAUUGCUAAUGCUUUACACAAUGGAUAUACUGUGGAUCGUGUUUGGGAAUUGACCAAGAUUGAUAAAUGGUUUUUGAACAAGUUAAUGCGUAUCGUGAACCUUGAAAACCGAUUGAAUGGAUUCAACAAGACAAAUGUUCCUGGCAACUUACUUCGUUCUGCUAAACAACUUGGUUUCUCUGAUCGCCAAAUUGCCACUCGUCUCAACAGCAAUGAAUUGGCCGUUCGUCGUCUUCGUCAAGAAUAUGGUAUUACUCCCUUCGUCAAGCAAAUCGAUACUGUUGCUGCUGAAUUCCCUGCUUUCACAAAUUACUUGUAUAUGACGUACAAUGCUGUUGAACACGACAUUACAUUUAAUGACAAUGGUAUUAUGGUUCUUGGUUCUGGUGUUUAUCGUAUUGGUUCUUCUGUUGAAUUCGAUUGGUGUGCUGUUCGUGCUAUUCGUACUUUGCGUGAAAAGGGUGUCAAGACUGUCAUGGUCAACUACAAUCCUGAAACUGUGUCUACUGAUUAUGAUGAAGCCGAUCGUUUAUACUUUGAAAACAUCAACCUGGAACGUGUCAUGGAUAUUUAUGAAAUUGAACAAUCUGCUGGUGUAAUGAUGUCCAUGGGUGGCCAAACUCCCAACAAUAUUGCUUUACCUCUUUAUCGCCAAAAUGUGAAGGUGCUUGGUACUUCUCCUGAAAUGAUUGACAAUGCUGAAAAUCGAUACAAGUUCUCUCGUAUGUGUGAUCGUAUUGGUGUGGAUCAACCUUUGUGGAAAGAAUUGACCUCUUAUGAAGAAGCUGAAAGUUUCUGUGAAACUGUUGGUUUCCCUGUGCUUGUACGUCCUUCCUACGUUUUAUCUGGUGCAGCCAUGAAUGUUGUAUCUUCUAAGGAUGAUCUCGCUUCUUAUCUCAAGGAAGCUGCAGCUGUAUCUCGUGAACAUCCUGUGGUUAUUUCCAAGUAUAUUGAAGAAGCCAAAGAAAUUGAAAUGGAUGCUGUUGCUUUGGAUGGUAAGAUGAUCAUGCAUGUAAUCUCUGAACACGUUGAAAAUGCUGGUGUGCACUCUGGUGAUGCUACCUUGGUUCUUCCUCCUCAAGAUCUGGAUCCUGAAACAAUCCGCAAGAUUGAAGAUGCUACUGCUAAGAUUGGUCGUGCUUUGAACGUCACUGGUCCUUUCAACAUUCAAUUCAUCGCCAAGAACAAUGAAAUCAAGGUUAUUGAAUGUAAUGUGCGUGCUGCUCGUUCCUUCCCCUUCGUAUCCAAGGUGAUGGGUAUUGAUUUGGUUGAAAUGGCUACUAAUGCUAUGCUUGGUUUACCCGUGGAAGCUUAUCCCAAGGUAUCUGUUCCUAAGGAUUAUGUUGGUGUCAAGGUACCUCAAUUCUCUUUCAGUCGUUUAUCUGGUGCUGAUCCUAUUCUCGGUGUUGAAAUGGCUUCCACUGGUGAAGUGGCCUGUUUUGGUAAGGACAAGUACUCUGCUUAUCUUAAGGCUUUGUUGGCUACUGGUUUCACUCUCCCUAAAAAGAACAUCUUGUUGUCUAUUGGUUCUUACAAGGAAAAACAAGAAAUGUUACCUUCUGUGAAGAAAUUGCAUCAAUUGGGCUACACCCUUUUCGCCACUACAGGUACCGCCGAUUUUAUCCAAGAACAUGAUAUUCCUGUCAAACAUUUAGAAACUUUGGAUGGUGAUGUGGAUGACAAGCUCAAGGCUGAAUACUCUUUGCAACAACAUUUGUCCAACAAUUUGAUCGAUAUGUACAUCAAUUUGCCAUCUCGCAACCGUUACCGUCGCCCUGCUUCUUACAUGUCUAAAGGUUAUCGCUCUCGUCGUAUGGCUGUGGAUUAUUCUAUUCCUUUGUUAACUAAUGUCAAGUGUGCCAAGGUAUUUGUUGAAGCUCUUGCUCGUAUGAAGGAAUUCGAAGUGACUGGUGUGGAUUACAAAACAAGCAACACCACUGCUGUUUUACCCGGUUUAUUCAAUGUCAAUGCUUAUUUGGGUCAAGCUGAUGAAUUCGCAGAUGUGACCAAAGCCUCUGUCUGUGCUGGUUAUACCACCAUUUCCGCCAUUGCAGAAGAUGUCAACGACGCUACUAGUAUCGAUACUGUGACGGCCAGUGCUCACAAAGCUGCUCAUACCGAUUAUCUCCUCAACAUUACCGCGACCGCCGAUAAUGCUGGUUCCGUUGGAUCUCUUGCUGCUGAUGCUGCCUCUGUUUACAUCAACACUGACAAGAUUGGUAGUGGCAAUGUCUCUAUCUUCGAUUCUGUGUUCUCAUCCUGGCCUAGCUCUCAAUUAGUGAUCACUGAUGCCAAGGGUACUGAUCUCGCUUCCAUUCUUUUGUUGGCCUCUUUACACAACCGUGUUAUUCAUGUUACCAAUGUGAUGAGCAAGGAUGAUUUGGCUUUGAUUGAACUUAGUAAGAAGAAGGGAUUGGUAGUCAGCUGUGAUGUGUGCGUAUAUGCUUUGUUCUUGACCUCUGAAGAAUACAACAAUACCAAAUUACUCCCUAACAAGAAGGAUCAAGAUGCUUUGUGGAAGAACAUCAAGGCUGUGGAUUGUUUCUCUAUUGGUUCUACUCCUCGUCUUUUGGCUCAAGAACUUGGUAAGCCUACCUCAGUUGCUUCUGGUAUCGAAGAAGCUCUUCCUCUUUUGUUGAAUGCUGUUGCCCAAGGAAAAUUACAACUCAAGGAUAUUUCUGAUCGAUUAUACGAAAAUCCUCGUCGUAUCUUUGGUUUGGUACCUCAAGCUGAUACUUAUGUCGAAGUGGAAGUGGAUCGCAAACAUGUAUUCAAGACUUCUUCUGCUCAUUGGUCACCUUUGGAAGGUCGUACUCUUAGCGGAUCUGUGCAUCGUGUUGUGAUGACUGAAAAGACUGUGUUUAUGGAUGGUUUGUGUAAGUCCCAAGGUAACCUCGGUCGUGAUUUGUCUGUACAAGCUCAACAAGUGAUUCCCAGCAAUACUACUACUGCAGCUACCACCACUACUACUGAUGUGUCUCAAACAUCCGGUCAACCCAAGCUCGUUGAAGCUAUGCCUGUCCCUGAAAAGGUGUUGGAUUCUGUAUCUCCUCGUUUGGUACCUGCUGCUGAUCCUGUACGUUUGGCUGGUGUUGCUGAUCAACAAUUGGUUUCUUAUACUUCUCCUCGCUAUGAAAUCACCGCUUCCUUGGCUCGUGUAUUCAACCGAUCUCCCUUCUAUCGCAAUCAUAUUCUCAAGUCCAAGCAAUUCGAUCGCAAUGAUUUGCAUUUGUUAUUUGGUGUGGCUCACGAAAUGCGCAAUUUGGUAGAACUUUAUGGAUCAAUCAAUUUAUUGGAAGGUCGUGUGUUGAGUACUAUGUUCUUUGAACCUUCAACUCGUACCUCAGCAUCAUUUGAAGCUGCCAUGUAUCGUCUCGGUGGUAAGGUUGUAUCUGUGAAUGCAUCUACUUCUUCUGUAAGAAAGGGUGAAUCUUUGGCUGAUACUGUCCGUACCCUUGGUUGUUAUGCUGAUUGUAUUGUUCUCCGUCAUCCUCAACCUGGAAGUGCUCAAGUGGCUGCCAAAUACUCCAAGGUGCCUAUUAUCAACGCUGGUGAUGGUAUUGGUGAACAUCCUACUCAAGCUUUCCUUGAUGUGUUUACUAUUCGUGAAGAAUUGGGAACUGUGAAUGGAUUGACUGUGACUUUGGUGGGUGAUUUGAAGAAUGGUCGUACCGUGCACAGUCUUGUCAAGAUUUUGGCAUAUUAUCAAGUAACUUUGAAUUAUGUGGCUCCUCCUUCAUUGGCCAUGCCUCAAGAAGUAAUGGAUGAAGUGGCUGCUGCUGGUGUGACUCAAAACGUGUAUUCCUCUUUGGAUCAAGUGAUUGACAAGACUGAUGUGCUCUACAUGACUCGUGUGCAAAAGGAACGGUUCGAUUCUGAAGAAGCUUAUGAUGCUGUCAAGGAUGCAUUUAUUUUGAACAAUGAUAUGCUCAGCAAGGCUAAAUCUCAAAUGAUUGUGUUGCAUCCUUUACCUCGUGUCAAUGAAAUUGAACCAGAAGUCGAUUUUGAUCAACGUGCUGCUUACUUCCGACAAAUGAGAUAUGGUCUCUAUGUGCGUAUGGCUCUUUUGGCUUUGGUCAUGGGUAACCUUCGAGGUUAGAUGAUUUUUAUACAUACUUUUUUUUUAUGAUUAUUAUUAUGAUUAUUAUUAUUAUUAUUACAUUUUUUUUUAUUUUUAUCUUUUUAUUUGAAUGAUGGGAACGUUGGUGUACGGUUGAUUGGUUAUUUAUUUUAUACAUAUCUUCAUUU